AUGCGUGUACUCCGUACUCCGUAUUGGACGGCGGGAUCUGGUGCAGACGAAGCUUUCGUCUGGCCAACGUGCUGGGAGGUUGGAAUCCGGACUAUCCCAGCCGUUUCUGGGGUGGGAGGUCGAGUAAGGUUGAGUUACGUCCCCAUCCAGGAUGCGACGCUGGAGGGCUUGGCGCCAGUGGGUCGCCAUCCUUCUUUCGACCUCACCACCCAGGCCGAUCAGCAACCUCCCGCGUCGCUUGCUGCUGGCUGUUGCCAACAUACAUAUCCCCCGCCGGAAGAUAAGCUACGACGAGGCCAAGGCUCGGGUUCAAUUUAG